AUGUUCGCAAAGAUGCUCCAGGAAUUGUCUGCCAAAGAUUCAAUUAUUCUCUGUGCUAUUGGUUUAGUUACCUAUGUCACGCUAGGCGUGAUAUACCGCAUUUACCUACACCCCAUUUCCCACUUCCCGGGACCGAAAUUAGCAGCAGCAACUCAUUUGUAUGAGUUCUGGUUCAAUCGACGAGGGGAUUUUCUAUGGGAGAUCAAACGACUACACGGGCAGUACGGUCCUAUUGUACGAAUUACACCCGAAGAGGUGCAUAUCCAGGAUGCCUCCUAUUAUGAUGAGAUUUAUGCAGGGGGUACUAGAAUUCGUGACAAAGAUCCAAGAUUUGUCCAGAUAUUUUCCGCUCCACAUGCGAUGGUUUCCAUUGUCGAUCAUGCCCACCACAAGCAGCGCCGGGGCCUGCUUGGAGAAUUUUUCUCUAAGAGAUCUGUUGUGGCUAUGGAGGGCAUCAUCAACGAGAAGAUCAAGAAACUUAUUGCUCGUUUGACAGAGUUGAAAGGGACUGGCAAUGUUGUGAAUAUGGAAGCCGCUUUCGCAGCAGUCACAGCAGAUAUAAUCACGCAGCAUGCCUAUGGGCAAAGUUGUAAUCAUCUCGAGGACCCCGAUUUUAACAAGAAGUGGAAGGAUGCUGUGCUAGAGACCAUGGGUAGUCGAGUGUCCAUCAAACACUUCCCCAUCCUGUUAAGUUUCUUGAGGGUUAUUCCUUUGGGAAUUAUGCUGCUAAUUAACUCUGGAAUUGCUGAAAUUUUACGAAUUGAGGCUCUCAUUCGGAAACUGUCUCACCAAAAAAUACAAAACAGCAAAGUCGGUCCGAAAGAGGGUAAAAUGACUAUCUUUGACGCCAUGAAUGACGAAAUUGUUCCUGCUGAGCAACGAACUCCGGAAUAUUUGGUCGACGAGGGUCAUAUCCUGCUGCUUGCGGGAACAGAGACUACUGCAAAGACCUUGACAACAUGCAUGUUCUAUCUUCUUGAAACCCCAUCUGCCUUGAGCAAAUUGCGAACAGAGAUUAAGGAAAUCCAACGGAGCACGUCGAAACCACCCUCUUGGGACUCACUUCAGCAACUACCAUACUUAACUGCAGUUGUGAAUGAGUCACUUCGCCUAUCUUAUGGAUUAAGCUGUCGCCUUCCACGAGUCGCACCGAACGAAGCCUUGCAAUACAAGCAAUGGAAGAUUCCUCCGGGUACGCCAGUCAGUCAGUCUUCGUACUUUGUCCACAUGGACCCAGAGCUAUUCCCAAAUCCAGAUAGAUUCGAUCCAGAUAGAUGGCUUCAAGCCGCGAAGGACGGCUUACGAUUGGACAGAUAUAUCGUGGCAUUCUCCCGCGGGAGCCGUCAAUGUAUUGGCAUCAACAUGGCGUAUGCUGAAAUUUACCUCACAUUGGCUCAACUUAUUACGAAGCUAGACUUUGAACUUUAUGAGACCUCGGUGGACGACGUCCGGCUUAUCCGUGAUCUAUUCUUUGGACGUCCGAGUGAUCAAUCUUUGGGCGUGAGAGUGAUUGUUAAGGACUGA